AUGGCCAAGCUCUGGUUCAAGUUCCAGCGGUGUUUCCGGUAUUUCCGCAGGAAGCCCGUGCGCUUCUUUACCCUGCUGGCUAUCUACCUGACCGCCGGGAGCCUCGUCUUCCUGCACUCGGGUUUCGUGGGCCAGCCCGCGGUGCCUCAGAGCCAGGUCAGCCCCGCAGCAGCGGGGAGCCCGGCAGAAGGAGCCGAGCUGCCUUUCCUGGGUGACUUGCACCUGGGCAGAGGUUUCCGGGACACCGUGGAGGCCUCCAGCAUCGCACGCAGGUACGGACCCACGUUCAAAGGCAAGGAUACCAGCGAGAGAGCCAAGCUGGGUGACUACGGAGGAGCCUGGAGCCGAGCCCUCAAGGGGAGGGUUGUUAAAGAGAAGGAAAAGGAGGAAGAGAGAGCCAAAUACAUCGGCUGCUACCUGGACGACAUCCAGAGCCGAGCCCUUCGAGGUGUGUCCUUUUUCGACUACAAAAAGAUGACAGUCUUCCGUUGCCAGGACAACUGUGCUGAACGGGGUUACCUGUACGCUGGGCUGGAGUUCGGCGCCGAGUGCUACUGCGGCCACAAAAUCCAGGCAGCCAACGUGAGCGAAUCCGACUGUGACAUGGAGUGCAAGGGAGAACGGGGCAGUGUGUGUGGUGGCAUCAACCGCCUCUCCGUCUAUCGGCUGCAGCUGGCCCAGGAGUCUGCCCGAAGGUAUGGAAGUGCGGUGUUCAGGGGCUGCUUCCGCCGACCCAACAACCUCUCCCUGGCCUUGCCUGUGACAGCUGCCAUGCCAAACAUGUCAGUGGACAAGUGUGUGGACCUCUGCACAGAGAAGGAGUUCCCCCUGGCAGCCCUCGCUGGAACCGCUUGCCACUGUGGCUUUCCCACCACACGGUUCCCUCUUCAUGACCGGGAGGAUGAGCAGCUGUGCGCGCAGAAGUGCAGCGCCGAGGAGUUCGAGAGCUGUGGCACCCCCAGCUACUUCAUUGUGUACCAGACACAGGUCCAAGACAACCGCUGUAUGGACAGAAGGUUCCUCCCAGGCAAGUCUAAGAAGCUCAUCGCUCUAGCCAGCUUCCCGGGCGCCGGCAACACGUGGGCUCGUCACCUAAUCGAGCUGGCCACCGGCUUCUACACGGGCAGCUACUACUUCGAUGGCUCUCUGUACAACAAAGGGUUCAAAGGUGAGCGGGACCACUGGCGAAGCGGGCGGACUAUCUGCAUCAAGACCCACGAGAGCGGCCAGAAGGAGAUCGAGGCCUUCGACUCCGCCAUUCUGCUCAUCCGCAACCCCUACAAGGCCCUCAUGGCCGAGUUCAACCGCAAAUACGGAGGCCACAUAGGCUUUGCUGCCCACGCCCACUGGAAAGGCAAAGAGUGGCCCGAGUUCGUGAGGAACUAUGCCCCGUGGUGGGCCACGCACACGCUGGACUGGCUCAAGUUUGGCAAGACGGUACUGGUGGUUCACUUCGAGGAUCUGAAGCAGGACUUGUUUACGCAGCUGGGCCGCAUGGUCAGCCUGCUGGGCGUGGCAGUCAGGGAGGAUCGGCUGCUCUGUGUGGAGAGCCAGAAAGAUGGCAACUUCAAGCGCUCGGGGCUGCGCAAGCUGGAGUAUGACCCUUACACGGCCGACAUGCGCAGGACCAUUGCCGCGUACAUCAGGAUGGUGGACACAGCACUGCGCAGCCGCAACCUCACUGGGGUGCCUGACGCCUAUGGCCCAAGAUGA